AUGCCUAUUUUUUUAAUAUAUGAGUAUUUUUUUAUUAUUAUUCUAUGGAUUAUUUUAUCAUAUAUUACAUAUAGAAUAACAAAAACAAUUUUUAAAUUUAUACAAAUAAUUUUUAUAUAUGUAAUAUUACCUAUUUUUUAUUUACCAAGUUUUAAAAUAUAUGAAGAACGUUGGAUAGUUGUUUCUGGUGGUACCGAUGGAAUUGGUAAAGCAUAUAUUUUUGAAUUAGCACGUAGAGGAUUAAAAAAAUUUGUUAUAAUUGGUAGAAAUCCUAAAAAAGUUAAUGAUAUAAAAAAUGAAUUGGAAAAAAAAUACAAUUGUAAAAUUCAAACAUAUAUUUUUGAUUUUUAUAAUGGUGAUUUUAAUAAAUUACGUCAAUUUUUAAAUAAUAUAAAUAUUGGAUUUGUUCUUAAUUCUGUUGGUGUUGGAAGAAAAUAUCUUGAAAGAUUUGGUGAUAAUCCAGAGGCUGAUGAACAAAUAAUAAAAGUUAAUUGUUAUAGUGCAGCUGAAUUUAUGGGAUGUUGUCUUCCAAUAAUGGAAAAAAAUGGUGGUGGACAAUUUGUUGUAUUAUCAUCUUCACAAGGUGUUAAACCAAUACCUUUACUUGCAUCUUAUUCAGCUUCAAAGUCAUUUUUAUCAUUUAUUUGUGAAUGUAUUAAUCGGGAGUAUAAAACAAUAAAUGUUCAAAUACUUAUUCCAGCUUUAGUUGCUACUAAUAUGACUUUUUAUAAGAAAGGUAGCCUGUUUGUUGUAACACCAGAAGCAUUUGUUAAACAAGCAGUAUCUACUGUUGGUAUUAUAAAAAAAACUGCUGGAUGUUUAAAUCAUGAAAUUCAGAUGCUUCUUUAUCAAUUACUCCCAUGGUCUAUUUUAAAACAUUUAAUUUUACCAAUAUAUUGGAUUCAUAAAAAAAGAAUGAUAAAAAUGCAUGGAAAAAAUAUUUUACUUGAAAAAAAUCAACCUGAAUCACCAAACUUUGCUGAAAAAGUAUAA